CUUUUAGUUAAAACAUGAAGAAUAUAUUAUAUUCAAUAUAUUUAAUAAAUAGGGGCUAAGCAUAUCUUAUUGAUGAAUGGCCCAUGAGAGGUGGAACACAAGAUAGCUGGUGAAAUGGCAAGCUGGUUGCAAGCUAGACCUGGGCUCAACUCUCAUAAGGAUGAGCUCAAGCAGUUGAGUUCAUCUAAAGUUGUUUACCUCAUCCAAGCUCACCUCGGAAUGGGUUGUGAUGAGGAUGAGGAUGAGCAAAAGCAGUUGAGUUCAUCCGAGGUUUACCUCAUCCAAGUUGACCUCGGAAUGGGUUGUCAUGAGGAUGAACUCAAGCAGUUGAGUUCAUCUAAGGUUGUUUACCUCAUCCAAGGUGGUUCACAUCGGACUACCAUCACACUAUUCCCCCUCUGGGAGUCAUCACUUGUGAAUGAUGUGGAGGUUAUCUCGUGCUGCACAUCUUUUAGUUCAUGCUCGACCUCUGCGCCUCGUGUUCAAGUUCUGCACUUCGUGCUUGGCCUCUGCAGCUCGUGGCUGACCUCGGCACUCGUGGUUGACCUCGGCAGCUCAUGUUUGAGCUCUGCACUUCGUGCUCAACCUCUGAAGCUCAUGGCUGACCUCGGCUCUCUGCAGCUCGUGGUUGACCUCAGCAGCUCAUGUUUGAGCUCUACACUUUGUGCUCGACCUUUGAAGCUCAUGGAUGACCUCGGCUUGGUUGACCUCAGCAGCUCGUGUUUGAGCUCUGCAGCUGGUGUUCGUGUUCUGCACCUCGUGGUUGACUUCGGCAGCUUGUGUUUGAGCUUGUCAGCACGCAGCUCAUGCUCCAACAGGGACUUUGCAGCUCGUUAUUGUCGAACUCCCAGGGGGCUAUUUGGGGCAACGUGUAGAUGCUCUCUUCCUUCCACGGAUGGGGAACAAGAGGCUGUUGUAGAUGUGCAUGGUGUGUUCACGGGUAAAUUCUUCGCGCCUCCAAAUGGUUCGGUGAUGCGAUGUGGGCAGUUGAAUGCCUCUGCUCUCAACUGAGCAUGAGAUGAGACUGCUGGCUUUUCAAAGCAGCAUGUGUUUUCCUGGUAGUGGUUUAACUGUCAUCCUGAAGGGUGGUGUCCAGUCCCUCUAGAACUUCCAUCUUUAACACUACCAUCAGCUUUUUCUGUCAUUGGAACCAUAGAUUUUUGCUCCCUAACAACUGAUUAGAGGGAUUUAAUUUGCUACUGGCAAGCUGCCCAGUCAGGGACUUAUC